AUGGCAACUUUCCUGAAACAGAGUCAAGACCCAGAUUUGUCUGACUCUCAGCGAAUGGUUCGAGAAUCCAUUGCUAAAAUUUGUUCAGAUUUCUCUGACGAAUACUGGGCCCGCGUGGACCAAACAAAUACAUUUCCCACGGACUUCUGUGAUGCGAUCGCGCAACAAGGUUGGCUGGGGAUCUGUCUACCACAGCGGUAUGGGGGCUCUGAGUUAGGCAUCUCCGAGGCGGCAGUGAUGAUGCAGACCAUUUCAGAGUCUGGAGCUGGCAUGACAGGAGCUUCCUCCGUUCAUAUGAAUAUUUUCGGCUUAGAGCCCGUCGCGAAGUUUGGAAAGGAUGAGCAGAGGGAAAGGUGGCUGAGACCUUUGAUCGCUGGCCGAGAACGAGCAUGCUUUGGGGUUACGGAGCCCAACACAGGUCUUGAUACAUUGAAGCUUCAGGCGACUGCCCGCCGAUCAAGCGAGGGAUAUGUGCUUUCGGGCCAGAAGAUUUGGAUCUCUACUGCGCAGAAGGCGGACAAGAUCUUGAUUCUUGUACGCACAACGCCACGCGACCAGGUUCAAAAACCAUCUCAAGGGCUAUCGCUCUUCUAUACAGAUCUACAGGUUCCGAACGUAGAGAUCACCGAGAUAUCCAAAAUGGGACGGGGAGCUGUUGACACCAACACCUUAUUCUUCGAUGACUGGCGGGUACCAGUGAAUGAUCGCGUUGGAGCAGAAGACGAAGGAUUUAAAAUGAUUCUUCAUGGAAUGAACGCCGAGAGAAUUUUAAUCGGAGCUGAGGCUCUCGGCCUGGGGUUUGCAGCCUUACGUCGAGCUACCUUAUACGCUGGCGGGAGAGAGGUGUUUGGCCGCCCGAUUGGUAAAAAUCAAGGGAUUCAGCAUCCACUGGCGGACAGCUGGAUGAAGCUGGAGGCGGCGCGGAUGAUGGUUUACCAGGCGGCUCGUCUUUACGACCAGGGAUACGCUGGUGGAGAGUACGCAAAUGCCGGUAAGUAUCUUGCCGCAGAAGCUGCCUUUGAGGCUUGCGAACGGGCAAUCCUAGUCCAUGGAGGUAUGGGUUAUGCGAAGGAAUAUCACGUCGAGCGCUAUCUUCGUGAAGUGUUUAUCCCACGCAUCGCUCCUGUGAGUCGCGAGAUGAUUUUGAAUUAUAUUGGAGAGCGAGUUCUUGGUCUUCCCAAAUCCUAUUAG